CCCCUUUCCUCCCCGCCCCCCUCCCCCCUUUUCCCCCGAUACCCAUGUCUGGCGGCCCCCCUCGCAAUCAGAACCAGCCGGCCCGGCGCGGCGCCUCGGCCAACAGCGGCGUGUCUCGCGGCGGCCGUGGCGGCGGCCGGCCCGCUGGCGGCCGGACCCAGCACGACGACGCCAAGGCCGCCAACGCGGCCAAGGGCCUGCGCGCGCGCCGCGACCCGGCCCUGGACCUGGCCACCAUGCUCGGGAAAAAGAUUCGCGUGUCCUUUGUCGGCGGCCGUGAGGUCGUCGGUGUCCUCCGCAGCUACGAUCCCCUGAUGAACCUGGUCCUCGACGAGACCGUCGAGUACCUCCGCAACCCCUCCGACUCGACGCAGCUUCUCGUCGACAUCCUGGACCCGGAGUCGAUGGCCACCAUCGCCACCACCCGGCCCCUGGGCCUGGUGGUGGUCCGCACCUCGGCCAUCGUGUCCGUCUCGCCGGACAUGCUGGAGGCCAUCGACAACCCGUUCGAGUCCUACGAGGAGAUUGACGAGGAGACCGCCAUGGCGGCCAUCGGCGCCGCCUCCGGCUCCCCCUCCGCCGAUGCCAUGGUCGACGAGUAAGAGGCCUGGGGGUGUUUUUUUUUCUUUUUCCCCCGGCGCUCGGGCGCGCCCCGGUCACGCGCCGGCGCCCGGCGCCACAUGUGAAUAUAGACCAUCAUGUGUACCUCA